AUGGUGAGGAGAAGGCGAGCUGGUGCCAUGGGCACAUCCAUCUUCCCGUGCCUCUUUGGCAUCCUGCUUACCAGGUGCUCCCCAGCAGGGUGUGCUGGGGGGAGUGACUCUGCAUCCCACAGCACAGCCAGCACCACAGACAAACCCAUCCUGUUAGACAACGUCCCAGAUGCUGAAGCCUUCAUCAGUGGUGCAGAGGUGGCAGUCAUUGGAUUCUUCCAGGACCCGCAGAGCCCCGGAGCGGAGCAGUUUCGCCGGGCGGCCGGACAGAUCGCGGAGGUGCCGUUCGGGCUCAGCAGCAGCGCGGCCGUGCUGUCGCACUACGGCGCCGCGGAGAACACGGUGGUGCUGUUCCGCACGGUAGACAAUGACCGGCGGGAUCUGGACAUGAGCAGCGGAGAGGUGGAUGCCAAGAAGCUGACCCGCUUCGUUCGCAUGAACGAGCUCCGCCUGGUGACAGAGUACAACCCUGUGACAGCAAUAGGUGUGAUGCAGAGCUCUCUGCAGUUUAACCUCCUCCUGAUCACGGACAAGAUGUCUCCAAAGCACCCCGAGCGAAUGCGCAAGUUCCGGGCGGCAGCAGAGCUCUACAAGGGCAAGAUCCUCUUUAUCCUGUUGGACAGCAAUUUGGAGAGCAAUGAACGAGUACUGUCGUACUUCCAGCUGAAGAAGUCCCAGCUGCCAGCUCUGGCUAUAUUCCACACCCCAGAUGAUGAGCACGAAGUGGUGGCUGUGGAUGACAUCUCCAUUGAGCGUGUUCAGGACUUCUGUAACCGUUUCCUACAAAGAAUGCCAAAGAAAGAAGACAAAUCUGAGGAGAAGCCCCUCAAUGAAGAACUCUGA